GGUUCAAGGGAAUUGCAGAUCGUUAAUUCUCCACCACCUUCUGGUCUCCCCGUUGGUUGGGUCGUCGAGGAAAGGCCACGAGUCUCUAAGCCCACUCACAUUGACAGGUAUUACUAUGAGCCAUACACUGGAAGAAAGUUUCGUUCUCUGUUAUCUGUUCAGAGACACCUCGCAGAAAAAGGAGUCAAUGUUGUUACCAAGAGAAUGCCGUCAGAAAAUAAAAACACUAAAUAUAUCGACUCAGGGGCAGGACAGUGUAGUUCCUUGAGAGCUGUUGAGAAAUUCUUAUCAGAAGGAAAUCCAUGUACAACAACACCCAAGUCAGUGAGAAAAUCAGACCCAGGCACCGGAGAGCAAAGAGCUCGUGGUGGUAGAAGUGGCCAAAAAACUGUCCACAAACGCCCUUCAGUUGUGGAAGAAAAUAAAAACACUCUAAAGUCCCUGAAACUCACCGUUCAAUCUCCGAAGCUGGAUUCUGUGAAGAAAACCAAGUUAGAGGAGAAUAACAGAGUUUCCAUGCAUAACUUAACUGAACCACCACCGGCAAAAGUAAGUUGGGUUCUGUCUUGUCCCGGGGGUUUCUGGUGCCCUUUCCUCGAUGAUUCUGUUGUAUCAGAAUCUGAAAAGCUGAAAUGGUCUGAAGCAUUUGUACUAUCCAUCUAUGGUGAUGGAGUUCUUAAUGGAUUUAAUAGCUGAGUUUUGCAGGGUUCACAAUGGAGAAGACCGGAAUUAUUGGUGAGCAAGUGAUGAUACCUUGUAGCUUAUAUUGUAGAUGGGAUUUUCCACUUGACUUAUCCAAACCUGUAUGCAGAUAGUGUUAUAUUUCACUGACUACAUUAUCUUUUGUGGUGUAAGAUGUUAGAACUUAAAUCUUAUGUAAACUAUUCAAGUGUCCCACUAAGCUGACCUUAAUAGGUUAUUUCAAUGACUAAUGAUGUAGGUUUAUCA